AUGAGCACGAGAAUUUGGAUAAACGACCCGCAACAACCUGCGGAUCCGAUUUAUGCUUCGAUAUUCCGGGGCAAGCCUCCACCUACGAGGAGAGGAGUUGUGUACGAACCUGUACAACGUACACGCCCUAUCCUGAGAGACCCGAGCGCUAAUAGAGGAUCGUUGUCACCCGCUGAAUCCUCGGCCCAAUAUGCCCCACCGAAGAAACGGGUCUCGAUCGCCGGAUUUGGAAGUAGUGGCGACUACGCGACGCUCCAACUCCCUGCUGAUGGCGACUACGGGGUCAUCGGCCAGUUCAGCACCAGCGAAUUUCGACCGGGUCCUACCACGCCUACCGUAACCCGCUCUAAAGGCAUCAGAAACUGCCAGAGCGUUUCUGACCUCUCCGAAAAGGUGGAAAAACUCUCCAUCCCCAGGCCCAGCAUUCGGCCCCUCGAUCAAGAGGAGCUGUAUGCAGCCUAUAAAGCGAAAGAAGAGGAAUUUUAUGCGGAGUACACCAAGAACCCAUCCAAAGUAGAAGAUUUGCUACAAACGACAAAUUCUACGGCAGCGAAAAAGCCAUCGCUGGCGAAGAAACUACAGCAUAAAGUGUCCCUCAAGGGCUUCAGGGAGGCUUUUGUUAGGAGAAGCCGAAGCAUGGCCGUCAGGGGAAGUGAGAAAAGAGAGCCAAGCCCCGAAGCGAAGCCAAUGAAGCCUGAGCAGCAACUUCAGCCUCGCGCUGAAGAGAAAUUGGAGCGAAAAUAUGUCCCAAGACGGAGCGCUCGAGAAUUUCUGCAGCAGAAUUUGGCCAGUGCAAAGAGGAUUGUUAGGCGCAACUCGGUGACCAGCGACGUGCUGACAGAAGCCGAAAGGAUGCGGGCCCGUGCUUCCGGGCAGGAAAAGGACUUUCUCUCCCUCCUCGAAAAAAUGCAGGGCCAACGGCUCAACGAGCAGCGAUGUGCCAUGCCGGAGGUUCAUGUGGGUCCU